UGUGUAGAAACAGGGUAAGUUAUAAGAACCUGAGUUUGUGUGUUUUAUAUUGCAGGCAUCAUCACAGUGAACUGCUUAGAUCCCUGGCCCAGAUGAAAGGUCCAGACCUUGGCAAAACACUGUCAGCCCCUGCAGCUGUGCCUGAGCUGAAACUCCUGUGUGGGGCAGACGUCCUGAAAACCUUCCAGACUCCCAGCCUCUGGGAAGACACACACAUCCAGGAGAUAGUGGAGAAGUUCGGCUUGGUGUGUGUGAGCAGGGCGGGUCAUGACCCAAAAGGGUACAUCUUGGAUUCUCCUAUCCUCCGAGAGUUCCAGCACAACAUUCACCUGGCCAGGGAGCCCGUGCAGAAUGAGAUCAGCAGCACAUACAUCAGGAGAGCCUUGGGCCAAGGGCAGAGCGUGAAGUACCUACUCCCCGAUGCUGUCAUCGCCUACAUCAAGGACCACAGCCUCUACACCAAGGGCAGUUCCUGGAAAGGCAAAGGAAAGGGAAGCUAGGGGGGGUUCUGGAGUGUGGGCUGACUUUUAUGGGAAGGGUUUUGUUUUGCUUUGGUUUUUGUGUUUCUAGUCUCAUUUGUCUUGUUUCUACAAUGAUUUUUGCCAGAAUGACUUCCUGCUCCUGGAAGAGGGUCCCCUUCUAGUCUCCUGUCACUAUGGCAAGGACAGGUAAUUUAAAUGGUCAUAGGAUUAGCAAAAUCUCUGGAGGCCACUGAUGAGGCCUCCUUAUUGUGUGUGAAUGGUAACUUCAGGCCACACACUGAAUGCUGUUCUGAAAAUGGCAGCCCCUGAAGAACAGCCCACAAUUGCCCACAUGCAUUUUUUAACUCAGACCAGGUGCAGCACACUGAUGUUGAUUGGCAGGAUUUGACAGGGUGCUAAUUACUAAACAGAGGGCCUUGUCAACCUCCUUGUUUCAAACAGAGUAAUACCAAGUUGAGUACUCAGAAAUCCAGAAACAGCCCUUUGCUGAUUUCCAGUGUGUUCUCCUUGCAAACCUUUGCCUGCCUGCCUGCCUGCCUGCUGAUCUACCAUAACAUUUUUAACGAAACUUUUUCUGUGUGUAAUG